AUGGGAACAUUCUCAGUAAGGAAUCUACGAGCGGACACACAAAACGUUGCCAUGAGGAACAAACGGGCCUUUCCCAGGCUGAUGCGGUUUUUGUUAUUCUAUCUCGCCACCUGUGUGGCUGUGUACCUUUUCUUUCGCUAUUACUUGACGAAUGACCAUGAUUAUGGAACUCCAAUGCCCGCAGCUUUUAUUCACGAGAACGUUUUAAGGCCACUGAAGAGCUUCCCUUCUGUUAAACUUACGGUGUCGCCAAAUGAAUUAUUUGAAAAAUUAUACUACCAUAAAAUCAGGACAACACCAGGAACGUUCCAUGAGCCAAGCUGGCACGAGACAAAGAAUGAUUUUGUAACAAAACUGGGUGAUUCUUCAGAGAAAGGCGAUGAAUUUAUUCCCAACUCAUUAAUAGGUUUACAAGAGAAAAAAUUUGACGGUAGCCAAGAUGACAUUUUGGUGGAGGAAACUUCAACAAAAGGGAAAACAUAUAGUUCUUUAAUAGCCCCGAACCAAGUGAAUAAUAGCAUGAACUUAAGUUUACUUCAUAGUAUUUCAGAUCUUCAAAGAACUUCUAUUUCGUCGUCGACCAUUUUGCAUCGAUAUCAAGACUUCCGUAGCGAGUGGUUUCGCCAACGUCGCGCACGCGUAGAUUGGCGGAGUAUGAUUCGACCGUGUAUUGAUAACUUGCCUUGGGGACUGGUGAAAAAUCAGUGGGGGAAGACCAACAGAAGUAGUGCCGCUGCAAGCGAGAUUGUCUAUCAAGGAAUUAAGCCAGCAGGGGAGUUUAGUAAAAUUUUCAUUCAAUCUAAGACAGUUAAUAAUCAAACAAAGCUGAUUGGCGGCGACACGUGGAGGGUGUAUUUACGAGGUCCUUCAAGUGUCGCAGCCACUGUAUUUGAUCAUCAAAACGGGACGUAUGAAGCUCUGUUUCUCCUCACGGAGCCUGGUAUCUACCAGGUGCUGAUCUUUCUUGAUUAUAGCCUUUGUGAUGGAUUUAAGGAUCCACCUCCGGAUUGGUUCAUCCAAGGCAAUGCGCAAGGGAAGUAUCAAAGAGAUGGCCUCCUAGGUACACUUGAUGACUAUUUGAAUGAGCCCUUUAGAAAUGGAAACCGUUUAACCAUUACAAUACCCAAGGCGCAGUUGAACACGACGUUUAUAGGUAGGUAAUCAAAGGAUGGAAUAACGAGAGUUUUCAAGCAGAACUUUCCCAGACACUAAAAAUAUCAUAACUAGCCCAUAUUGAGCAAAAUCAAUGAGAAAUGCAUCUAUUUCUUGUCUCAAAAAGUACUGAGAAAUAAAUGUUCAUAUGCGUCGCUGGAUAUCUAAAAAUCCUUACCAAAAAUCAGUGUACUCAUUUGACGGAAGUAAGGCCAAAUUGAGAGCUUUUUGGCUGCGAUAAGCCAGAAAAUGACACCACAUUAAAAUUAUAAAAUUUUCCAUAUUUCGGAUUGCUAGUUGAGGAAGACCCAUUUUACAUAUCAAAGUGAAAAAGAAGCAUAUAUUAAAGGACAGUAGCAUGACACCGAUACUGAUUUUCACAAACAAAAAUUCGGUUUUAUCAACAGAGUUGUUGAGUCAAUUUACAUUGUAAAAAGAUUCAAAAGAAGUCGUUUCAAAGCACUAGCCACAUUUUUUAAAAACUGUAUCUCAAACGGUAUGUUUUAUAUCCUGCUGUUUGUUUUUCGUAUUAUUACCAUUUCGUUUUCAAACUUUACUUUGCCAGAAUCACUUCACGAGGAUUUAGGUUCCUGUUCCAAUACCUGCAAUCACCUAUGGGAUGGAUUUGGACAAUGGCAAAGCAACCAAUGGAAGCCUUACCUUCAAGGUCAGUCAACAUAUUAUGUCUUCCAUACCCAGUUUAGAGGCGAAAAAUACGGCAGGUUUCAGUGCGUCGAAUUUACGAUUUAGCGGACGGGCCUCGGCAGCUUCGUCAAACGGGUCUUUACUAUUCCGGUGCCAUCGGUUCGCCUCGACGCCGACAAGUAUCUGAAUAACAAGAUACUGUGGUCAGUUAAGUAAGAGUGACAACCUGAACUCUUAGUUCGUGUUGUCUCGUUUGUCGCGAUCAACAGCGGUAUAUAUAUCCACUUUCGUCUUACUUUUUAUGUUUGCUUCUGACCCUAGACUUGUUUUCAGUGGAGGCUAGGUAUUUCAGAUCAUGUUGUUUCUUCGGGCAUCAAACCCUUUUCCAUGGAUAUCGGGGACAUGCGAUGAGGGCGUGCGUCUCCCAUCGAUCAGGGCUUACAACUACUCACAUGCAGUCUUGUUCUGUAGAUGUAUGACCUUCAAACACAAGAGCGGUGAAGGGCCUGCAUAAGUUAUAUGCUAAUGGGGUAGGGAAAGUGAGCCGUUAGCUUCCUGGCCUUUUAUCUCCUUCAUCAUCCUGUAUCAACUUACAUGGGACGUGAAGAAACCACUGUGUUUCUUAAAUAGAGCGGGGGGUUAAACCCUGGUUGUUUGAUCAAUCUUUCGGGCCCUUUCCCGAUUUUUUUCUGAUGGGAGGGGUCUGCAGUACACGGGCUAGGUUUGUGAGGGGCAAAUUUUACUCAAAAACCUUUAGUACUACGCCAGACCGAUUGUUAUCACCGCCCGUUUGGCAUCUCUGAAAUAAAACAACAACAACAAAAACAAUAUAUGUGGGUGCCCUGUUAAACGAAUUUCUUUCUCUGCAUGCAUUACAACAGAGUCCUACGACUGGGCGUUACCGCUACUAUACAAGCAGAACGGAACAUUUUGGGUCUACGGCGACUCGUUGGCCCUUCGUCUGGUGAGUUCAGUUCAGACUCGGAUGUUAUGCACAAAGCUCUACACGGGGUGUAUAUCAAGCUACAACUGGAUUUAUCCCAUUGUAAAUGAGGCAGUGGAUAAGGAACUGAACGACGAUCUUGACUUCAACCCUGAAAGAGUUAUCGAGACAAUCCUUGCCGUUCUUCGUCACCCUCUGAUGCAGCAGCGAGAAAGCAGUGUUCUUCUACUGAACCUUGGAAUUCAUUAUCCUAUUGGGGUGAACUUUACAACUUACCAGAAGCUAAUUGGCGACUUGAUAAACAAACUAAAGGAGACAAGAGUUGAUUCGCAAGGAAACGUAGUUCCUAAGUACAAGGCCAAAAUUAUCUGGAAGACAUCGUCUGCUAUACACAAAGAAAAGGCUCAAGAACUCAACAUAACCCACUGGCGAUUCUUCACCACUCAGGUACAUGAAGCAGGCGUUAUUUUUGGCGCAUUUCAGGCGAGAGGGACGCCGUGGCUAGGUGUGGUGCGCCAGACACGCGUUUUCAUUUUCGCCCCAUUCUUCGUUGCGCCUGUCUGGUACUUCACGCCUGCCCACGCGGAUCUCGCGCUUGCCCUCAUUCGCCUAAAAAACGCGAAAAAAUAACACCUCUUCAUCAGGAGGCAAACACAACCCUAACACUCCCACUUUGCUCCACCCCAACCUCGUCCCAAGGGCUUUUCCCUUAAAAAAUGGAAAAGCCCUGGGGACGAGGUUGGCUCCACCCCAGAAUAUGUCUUUAUCUAGACUACCCAUUAGUCUAGUUUGCGGAAGGAAGUAAAUCCUGUUUACACUUUAAGUCACAACCAGUUGAAAUUGGUUGUGAACACCGUAUGCGGGCGCUGUCAGGAUCCCGGUGCUGUCCCAAUCAUCUCAACGCGACCGACUGAGAAAUUAAAUUGGUACAGAUGUGACCGCUCUGUUACUCGGUUUUUUUGUAAACUGUCGAUAAUUGAUGAACAAUUAAUAUGUAUUAAACAGGAAACUGGAACGGGAAAAUGCAAAAGAGACUAUCGAAAGAGUACUGAAACUGGCAUAGAAGAAAAAAACCUUUGAGCAGUUAUUCAACACUGUUACUUUAGCUGGUACCAAGAGACAUAAUGAGAUAUUAUGGCUCUUGCUGGUACACAUAAAAAGGACCAGAAAAAAGGGUUCGUAACCGUGCUUUUUAUUGAUUUUAAAAUAUUUUGUUUUCAUCAGCGAGUUGCAGUGUUCAGUAGCUAUGCGAUGUCAGCCAUGUGUGAAGCCGGUUUUGACGUCAUAGACAUAUAUCCCAUGACUGACUCAUACCCAGGUGGCACGCUGGAUGUGGUUCAUUACCCAAAUCACGUGUUCAGCUCCAUGGUAACAAUGCUGGAGAAAUACAAAGUGAACAACUACAGACAAUUGAGCGGAAAUGAGACACUCAAUAGAAUAAAACGUUGCAUCGGUUGA